CUUCCAAUGAAAUGUGAUGCCUGUGAAGAGAUUUUCUGCAAGGACCACAUAACUUAUGCAAAUCACAAGUGCACUUCAUCAUAUAAGAAGGACGUCCAGGUUCCUGUAUGUCCAUUGUGCAACACCCCCAUUCCCAUCCGAAGAGGAGAAAUGCCAGAUAUCAAAGUCGGCGAGCACAUAGACAGAGACUGCAAAUCUGACCCUGCCCAGAGGAAACGAAAGAUCUUUACAAAUAAAUGCUCGAAGGGCGGCUGUAAGCAGAAGGAAAUGAUCCGGGUGACGUGUGACCAGUGCCACUUAAACUACUGUCUGAAACACAGGCAUCCACUCGACCACGACUGUAAGACUGACAGCAAGCCGGUCUCCAAAUCAGGGCAUGCAGCUUUAAUGAGGGCUCAGACCUCUUCCAGUAACACUGCAGCUUCAUCCACUAGAGGGAGCUCUAGGAACAUGUCUAAUGGAGUCACUGGAAACGUCAGACCUCAGAGCAGUAGUGCACAAAGGACAAAUACUGCACCUCCACCCAUGGUGUCUCCCACAGUACAGAAUGUAAUUCCCCCAUCAGUGUCCUAUCAAGCUGGGCUGACGGAGGAGCAGGCCCUCCAGAGAGCUUUAGAAAUAUCACUGGCUGAAUCUGCUCGAGCAAGCCAGCCUACUCUAAGCCCUCAGGAGCAGGAGGAUCUGGCCUUGGCUCAGGCUCUCGCUGCUAGUGAAGAAGAAUACAGGCGACAGCAGCAGAGACAACAGGUAGCCAGAAACCUUAGCAGUCAGUAGCAUACUAUGCUAACAGGACCACAUCUAGGGAGGAGUUUCUAAACAGUCCAGCUGCCGCCUGUCGUAAUGUGAGGUGACGCUGACCAUCUUUUAAUCUGCCUCAAUCUGCACACAAGCACCAGUAAUGUAUCCGUGAGCUGCACAGUCCAGAAUAUAAAGCUUCUUCUUCCCGAAGGCUGUUAUGUUGUCUUUGUUCUUCUCUUUUGCGUCAUUCUGUAGUGCUUUUUAGCUGGGUUAUUCUGCCAUUUCGGCAAGCGGUGCUUCAUGUACAUAUUUUAUAUAGCUAUCAUGUUAAUCUGUCAAUCAAUGUAGAUGUCUUUUGAAAUAAAUUAUUUUGAAGUGUU